UCUCACAGGAUGAGGAGGACAAGGCGUCUGUAGAGUCAAGCGAUCUGACGGAUGAAGGUACCUCUCCAUCUACUACGGACCCAUCUAAACAAACCCCAGUAGCUGAAAGAGCUCCAAUCCCAUUUACUGUAGUCGAGAUGGCCCCUGACAUAGCUCGACCCGAGUAUGGGGAUAUUGCGAGUGCGAAACUUAACGAGGAUUCAGGAAAACGCGAAAGUGAUGCCGAUCCCGAUACAGAAAUACAUGCACCCAAAGAAUCCCUGCCAGACUCGCACGCAGAUCCGCCAAGAAGAUUCUCGGUGCCCACCCUCGUUGUUGAGCGGACAGAUGAUUCGCCUCGGUAUGGCGACGAUUUCGGUAGAAGAGCUAGUCUCAGCCAACGAGUUGCGCAUGAACUAAGAGCUGCGGACGCCCAACCUGACCAAACAAUAAUAUUGCCACUCAAGGGAGAAGAGUCUGACACGUCGCGAAAUUCCUCCGAAGACGAUUCACAGAGAUCUAUAGAUGGAGACAGCAACAACGAGGAAGACGAGCCUGCACCUCUGUUUCGACACGAGACGAUAGCGACCAAAAGCGAAGUGGAAGACGAGGUUGAGCCUGCACCUCUCUUCCGACAUGAAACCAUUGCGACUGGCGACGUAUCACAGGCUGAUGUGGCGGAUUACGAUGAGGAAGAGCCAAUUCCAUUAUUUCGGCAUGAAACGAUUCCAGACCAUCAAGAUCCGACCGCAUUUCGCCGUCACAGCACCCAUAUCGAAGUACCCGAAUCGCCAUUUACCCCGGGCAGCUCCGUCGAAGAUGUGAAUGAGAAUAUCAGAGACACAGCACGCAACCCUGAUCCGGUAAGGGUUGAUGAUGGCAUGCCGCUAUUUUCGCAUGAAUGUGUCCCCGAUGAACAGGGCAGUCGGUCCAUGAGCCAGAUGUCCGGUCGCAGCAAGUCUGGGACCUCAUUGCAAAGGAUCGCUGAAGACCCAGAUGACACGCCCGUCGAGGAGUUCCCAACUGACAAGGCCGAAAUUGUUGGAAAACUGCAGGAGACAAAGCGACGGCUAAGUAGAGAUGACUCCCCUGUCGAUGAGAAUACUUCUCCAUCGCCAAUACGGCCAGGAGCUUCACCUAGAGUCUCAAAUUACUCCGCAGAAGCACCAUCUCCACUAGAGCCGAUAUCUGAAGACGUGGCAGUCGAAGACGAAGAACCGCUUGAUUCGGUACCUCUAUCACUCUCAGACCCUGAUCUCAAGCUCAAGACAUCAGAGGUUCGAGAAAUUGGUAACUAAGCUUCUGUCCUCUGUGCUAAUUGUUCUGCGCUGACUUGAAGGUAGCUCUGGCAACUCCACCUGAGACCCCAGUGGACGUUGUUAUCGUCUCGGAAGAUGAGUUGUCUGC